AGGUGCCUGUGCAGCGCGUCACUUCAGGCACGGACUCCACUUUUCAGCUGUUUCUGUGACCUGCUGCUGCCGUAAUGCCACCUGGACGGACACCUGGCUGGGGCAGCCUGAGGCGGGCGACCAUCGUGCACCGACAUGCGCCGGCUGAGGUGACGACCAAACGCGCAAGCCAGGGUGCAGGCAACUGCCAUCCCCAACACCGGCCUUCGGUUUCUACUCGCUUCGUUUCCCCCGAUAACCACUCUGUCUGCGACAAGCGCGCUGGAACCUUGAGCUUUACAGCCCCAGCCCUCGUCUACUUCUAGAUCUCAUUUCUACCUCGUCAACCCCUCGGCCUUCUGAAAUGCAAGCGGCCGGACCGACCACUGACAGACCAUAACCACCAUCGACAAAAAAAGUCCACCUUCUCAAUCGACUGCAACGACCGCCGUCGACGCGCAAGAGCGCCAACUGAUUCAAACAGGCUCCGGCCGCCGGACUGCGCAAAGAUGGUCACUUCAUGGAACAUCUUCCGCGUCCUGGGAGACUGCUCCCAUCUCAUAUCGAAAUGCAUCCUCAUGUACGCAAUACAUAGGAACAGGAGUGCCGAAGGCGUCUCUCUGAUAACCCAAGGCCUCUACGCGGUGGUGUUCUGCACGAGAUACCUCGACAUCUUCCAAGAAGUGUUCCCCUGGAACCUCUUCUUCAAGAUCUUCUACAUCAGCACGUCUUUCUACAUUGUCGGGCUCAUGCAAUGGGUCUACCCGCGCACUCGUGAGCGCGAGGUAUCGUGGAAAUUGGGAGCCGCGGCUGCUGGUGGGUCGCUGGCGAUAUCUCCGUUCGCCAUGAUGCUCUUUGAGAAGCACUGGAGCUUCUCUACGUGGCUAUGGGACUUCUCCGAGAUCCUCGAGUCCGUAUGCGUCCUGCCGCAGCUCCUCCUGCUCCGCCAAACCACCGUGCCGACCGUUAUCGACUCGUACUACCUUCUCGCCCUCGGGGCCUACCGAGGCCUAUAUCUGAUCAACUGGAUCAUCCGCGGAAUAGACCCGACUCACCGGCCGCCGAAUGCGGUGUCGGUCAUUUUCGGCAUCGUGCAGGUGGCUCUCUACGUCGACUUCGCCUGGGUCUACUACGGCCGGCAGCGGGUCAAGCUACGAAACGGCGGCGUGGUGGAUUCGGACGACCUCAACCGGGGCUGGCUGCUGAACCGAAUCUUUGGCAACAAGCACGUGCGGGAAGAGGACGACGAGGAGAGCGCCCCUGCGCUCGGAGGGCAGAAUGGGCUGCACACACCACGAGCCUCGCGGGCCAAGUGGGGCGCCAGGGGCAUCUCUGUCAGUGCCGACGACACAACCCUGGAGCAUGACCGUGAGCGGUCAGACGGCGACCACAACGUGGACGGGUCUGUGGACCCGGACGCCAAGAUGAAAGACCCUGACGAGCUGGCACUCGCGCUCGACGAGGACGAUGACGAGGGCAUUCCCACUGCCGGGUCAUCAUCUGGCAACCGCGGGGAGCCGGACAGCGAGAUCAGGAACGACGAGUGGAAGGACUAAACGCGGCAUCCGCCUGGCUGGUAGGGAGAAGAUGUCUCUGGCGCAUGUUUGUUCACUUUUGAACAGCUUGCCGCCUGGAAUUAAGUAGCCACUAUCGACUAUCCAUCCAUCGCCGGCCCCUUGUGGUAGUCUCUGUCUCUGGAAGGCGACGAUAUCUUUUUCUAUCUAUUCCGACGUUGCUGUCUCGCCGUUGUCACCUAUAUUUCAUUCUUCUUUUUUUUCCACUGUUGUUUCAUCUUGGUAUCCAUUUUGUUUGGUCUUCAGUUCGGGAUGGCGGCAUGAUUAGCAGAAAGUAUCAAUCAACAUUCAAGCUCUAGUCUUGUGAGAUGCACGCUGUGGGCCAUGUCAUGGAUUUCGCAUCCAACCCACACACAGUGCACGCGACUUGGGAGUUUUGCCCACCUCAGCUGUCUGUUGGUUGCA